CCGCGCCACAUUUCAGCUGCCUGCUGCGUAUUCCGCCCACCACUCUCAUUUCCCCCAUCUACCAUACUUCUUUCUCAACAUAACGUACAGUACGGCGCCAAGCCCGUUAUAUCUACAUCUGCUUUCUGCCAGGCGCUCUCACUUGAACCUAGGGGUGGUUGGGCGUCUAUAUCCGCUUGAUUGAAGUCAUUUGUUUGUUGCGGUCAGCUUCCCCACAACCCAAUCCAAAAUACCAACUCGACCCAAGCACACAACUCAACAGCUGGUUAACUUGAAUAGCUACAGUCCAUGCGAUAGAGCUCUCCAUACAAUCAAUUGCUCCCAUGUCUUCCCUCAACCUCUCCACAAACGGGCCGUCCAUUUCGAAGAGUUAUCAGUCCGUGGUCAGUGCUGUCCCAGCAAGCGUUGCCGCUGCUGCAUCACCAACCUACGGCCAAUGGGCGCUCUUCAAUGUGACCACACCGCUUGUGAAUGCGUUCCAGCCAGACGCCGGGAACAAGGAGAGUGUCCUAAAGGUUCAGAGCUCCGGGGAGGGUGAAUUGGCAGAUCUUGUUGAGGACUUUUCGGAAGGAAAGAUUCAAUUUGCCUUUGUCAAAGUCAAGGACCUGAACACUGGUCUUCCCAAGAACGUUCUUAUCGGCUGGUGCGGAGAAGGCGUACCGGAAAGAACAAAAGGCUACUUCACCAGCCAUCUAGCCGCAGUUUCUCGAUUCUUCCAAGGCUAUCAUGUGCAAAUCACUGCUCGCUCGGAACAAGAUCUGUCCCCGGAUGGUAUCCUCCAGAAAGUUGCUGAUGCCUCUGGCUCCAAGUACUCGUCUAACCAAACCGUUCCCCAAGCGGCUCCAUCAAAGCCUCCAGUAGCUACAAAGCCAGUUUUCUCGGCUGGUCGCUCUGGUGGAUUCGUUCCUCCUCCCGGUGGGCGUCGAGUAGCUCCCCCUAGGAAUGAUCCGGUUGAUGCAGAUGGGUGGGGAGCUGAUGCCCCUCCAAUUACAAGAACUCAACUGGAAAAAGUGCCUUCGGCUUACAGGCCAACGAAAGUUGAUAUUAAUCAGUUGACAUCACAGAAACAACCCGAGUCCCGCUUCAACCAAGUUUCGUCCGAACCCCGGGACGACGUCGUUAGGGGCGGAUAUCAACCUAUUGGAAAGGUAGACAUUGCAGCGAUCAGGCGAAAAGCACGUGAAUCAGGUCAAAAUGUUGACGACCGACCCACUCCUGUCAAGGGAACUUAUGAGCCAGUUGGGAAGGUUGACAUAGGAGAAAUCCGAUCUAGAGCGCAACAGCCCCGAGAUGCCCCUGUACCUGAACCUCCUGCCCCCGAGCCUCAGACCGAAGCCAAGACAUUAUCUGAGCGCUCUGCAGCAUUCCAGUCAUCGGAGCGCCUCACAAGUCUUCCGAAGCCCAAAGUCGCAAAUCGAGUUGGUACGUCUUCAAACUUCACUGGUACCAAGGCCCCCUUACCCUCAGAAUUCGGACAAAAGCCCGCUGCUACUGCUGCUCCAGUUGGUUUGGCAAGCAAGACCUUUGCGGACGAAGGUGGAAAGACACCAGCGCAGUUGUGGGCUGAGAGGAAAGCAAGAGAAAAGGGUACUGGUGCCGCGGCUCCUACGCCAAGUUCACAGCCAGUAACUACAGACCUGUCGGGUGAUGGCCAGUGGAGGAGCUCGUAUACUGGAAAGAGCUGGGCUCCAGUACAAACCACGCAUACUGGACGAUCUGCAACCAGCAGCACUUCUCAACAGUUUUCAAGUACCCAUGCUCAAGAGGAGGAGCCAGUGACUACUGCUGUUACGUCUGAACGCAGUAUUGAGCCUACACCGACUGUUCCCCCACCUCUGGACAAUAGCAACAAGCCAAAUGCCGGUCGCGGUGUUCCUUUGCCUGGAUUCUCUACGGAGCCGACUGCUCCAGAUACUCAAUACGAGGAAAAGAGUAAACAGGAAGUACCACCGCCUCCCCAACAGCCUCGAUCACCUACCCCACCAACACCUCCAGUCAGAGAAACCUCCCCAAUCCAAGUUGCCAUGCCAGUCAGCCGCACUGCUCCAGAAGACCUGGUUCAGGAUGCCCACGAAGAAUUGGAUGCACCUCCUCAACCUCUUCCAAUACGCAGCUUGGAACAAGCUGUGCCAAAGGAAGAGGAUCUUGAGGACCCGGCUCAUGACACUGGUCGUGCCACUGCUGAGGCGGCUGCACAUGCUGCCGCCAACACAGAAUCUAUUCGUGCUGUGGUUCUGUAUGACUAUGAAAAAGCCGAGGAGAACGAAAUUGAGUUGAAGGAGGGCGAGAAUGUGACUGACAUUGAAAUGGUGGAUCAGGACUGGUGGCUGGGUGUGAACGUUCAUGGCGAUCGCGGUCUAUUCCCAAGCAACUACGUCGAAGUCGUUGAGCAGAGUCCGGGAGCUCCUGAGCACGAGGAGAUUCAGCCUCCUGUAGAAGAAGCGGAACCCGAGGCCGGUGAUGCAGGUGGUCAUGGUCAUACUGCAACAGCUCUCUAUGACUAUGAGGCUGCUGAGGAUAACGAACUCAGCUUCCCCGAUGGGGCGAAGAUUGUGAAUGUUGAGUUUCCAGAUGAAGAUUGGUGGUCAGGGGAAUUCAACGGCCAUGUUGGUCUCUUCCCCGCCAACUAUGUGGAGUUGGACAAGUAGUUUCGCUUCCUCGAAUUGCGCGCUCAUUCUUUUCUUCCGAUACGUAGCUGCAUAUUCGAUGGUUUUCCUAUGAAUGAAUGUAACAUGAAGUUGUAAAUUCAUUGACCACCAGCUAGCUGCCCACCAACAGCGGUUUUGUAUCGUGCUUCUGAUGAUUUGUGUUCAAAAAUGACUGUUUGUUGAAUAUACAUGAUAUAUUUUUGUCGCAAAAAAGGCAAUCCAGUUAACAUCCCGGACAUAGCGAUAACACUCAAAGUCUAUCGAUUCAAUAGAAGAAAUAAAUAUCUUUGUUGAUAAA